GUCACGUGUAAUAUGUCAUUCAUUAGUCUGUCUUCGAAUUUCGGAUUAGCAGUAAGUUGGCGCGAUUGCACAAGUUUUAAAAAACUUGAACGCUAUUAAACCCUUUCUUCAUUACAACUAAUAAAAAUACUUAAGGUUAAAAUGUUGUGGCCGGCCGCAGCGGGUGAGUUCAUCGCUAAAAACGCUCAGCACGUCAAGAUACAUGAAGAGGGACUCGAUAAGCUGUGUAAAGAGAUGCUGAAAGGUCUAGACAUCCCCGAUACCGGCGCGGACAUGAUUCACCCCUCCAAGGACCACCCUCGCGCCGUAGACUGGGUGUUUGUCUGUGACGCUCUUAACUUUUGCUUCUGGUCGUACUCUGGUGCGGAGAAGUGGACGGUGGAUGGGCAUUCAGGGUAUUAUGCUUUGGAGGCAGCAUUGCAUAGAGCUAUUAAGGAAGGCCACGAUAUAACAAACCCAGAAUACUACUCCAUAAUCACCGCAGACCAACUCCACCGCAUAAUGAGAGGCGACAACUCCGUCCAAAUCCCACUCUUCAACGAACGACUGUCCGUCCUUCACGAAGUCGGUACUAUCCUACUUCAAAAAUAUGAAGGAACUUUUCUAACUUGCGUAAAAGCUGCUAAUAAAUCUGCUGUGAAAUUACUAGAGAUUAUAGUCGAGAAUUUUCCAUGUUUUAAAGAUGAAGUUACGUAUAAAGGUCAAAGGAUUGGUAUAUAUAAGAGAGCGCAGAUUUUAGUGGCUGAUCUUUGGAAUUUCUUCGAGAAGGAAGGCUGGGGGGAGUUUGAGGAUAUCGAUAAGAUGACCAUGUUUGCUGAUUAUAGAGUGCCGCAGGUUUUGGUGUAUUUUGGGGCGUUGAGUUAUAGUGAGGAGUUGAUGGAGAAAUUGAAGAGAGAUGAACUCCUCCCAAGCGGCUCAGAACAAGAAGUAGAAAUCCGCGGCUGCUCCAUACACGCCGUGGAACUUCUAAAGAAGAUGCUAUCUUCUAGCACGAAGCUAGAAGGUUCUAGCACGCUGGACUUGAACUCUAGCUAUAUAGACUAUUAUCUGUGGUGCUACCGGCGCAAAUACGCUGAAGAGAUGGAAAAAGUGCCCUUCCAUAAGACGCUGGGGAUAUAUUAUUGAGGUAUAUAUUUGGACCCCGAGUUUUGGGUACGGGAAAGUUUUGAUGAUGUAUUUUUAAAUAUUUAUUGGAAAAUUUACCAAACUACGAGUUAAAAAUUUGUAUUAAUAGAGUUGUGCAUGCUCGUACACUGAAAAUAAAAAAAUAAAAAAAAAACUUAAAAAAAGACCCAAAAAGAGACUUAGAAAUAGCGAUGUAACUUAAUUAAACAAUUUUAUUAGAUACUUAAUGUAAUACAAAUCAGUUUUUUGCAACCGAAUCUUAAACCAGAUUAGUCCGCAAGAAAAACUUACUAAAGCGCCUGUAUUUUUUUUUGUAUUCUACGUCGGUGGCAAACAAGCAUACGGCCUGCCUGAUGGUAAGCAGUCUCCGUAGCCUAUGUACACCUGCAACUCCAGAGGAGUUACAUGCGAUGUGAUUGAGCGAUAGAUGAAAAUAAAACUUAAUUUUUCACCACACCGACUGAUAAAGGCAUGUCUUGAUUGUUCAAAAACUAAUGAGAAAGUUGCAUUUUAUCCACAUGUGAGGCAAAGUAAUCAGAUGCAAAUUUUGAAUUUUUCCUUUUAUUAUCUGGUGGAAUUGACUUUUAAAUGGUAUUUUUUAUUUGAAUUGGUUUUGGUUUGAUUUUUUUUGGGAUUGCUAGGGAGGAUUUUCCUCGCGUUGGUGUUUUUGCGUGGUUUGUGGUGGUGGUGUGGUUUAUGCGCGCGGAGGCAAUAGUACAUUACGAUACAAGUGCGAAAAAUAGGAAAUUCGAAACGAGUGGCGAUAAAUUAAAACACGACCGAAGGGAGUGUUUUAAAUCGACACGAGUUGCGAAUUACCUAUUCGCACAUGUAUCGUACAACGUUUUACAGUACAUAUGGCCCUUUAAAUGUUCGACACAGUAACGUAAUAUGCUAAUUUUCACACUAGUGCGGUAAAGUAGCACCAUAUGUACUGUAAAGUUUGUUUAACCCUCGUGCCUUGAAACCCUCGCAACGCUUUGGCCUAGUGGGUCCCGGACCCUGCCUACGAAGCUGAUGGUCCCGGGUUCAAAUCCUGGUAAGGGCAUUUAUCCGUGUGAUAAGCAUGGAUAUUUGUUCCUGAGUCAUGGGUGUUUUCCAUGUAUUUAAGUAUUUAUAUAUUAUAUAUAUCGUUGUCUAAGUACCCUCAACACAAGCCUUAUUGAGCUUACUGUGGGACUUAGUCAAUUUGUGUAAUAAUGUCCUAUUUUUUUUUAUCUACUAUAUUGUUUUAUUUUAUGACAGUAAAUAAAACCAUAACACAAUU